UGAUCACUCAUUUGCCCUCGUCAUUUUCAUCUUAUUCAUUGUGCGAUUGAAAAUGGCGUGUCUUGAGACUAUGCAUUUUGGCCGUACAGCUGACAUUCAUGGAGAUUCUCUGGGUCCUGAAUGGCUCUCGACGGAACACGAGACCGGAACGUCGAUCAUGGCUAUUGAAUAUGAGGGUGGUGUUGUGAUUGGAGCUGAUUCUCGUUCUACAACAGGAAUAUACGUUGCAAAUCGUGUUAGUGACAAAUUGACUAAAAUAACGGAUCGCAUAUACUGCUGUCGAUCUGGGUCUUCAGCUGACACAUUGGCAAUUUCAGAUAUUGUCAAAUAUCACCUUAAUUUCCACUCGGUUGAGCUUGGGGAGCCCCCUCUAGUGGAAACAGCAGCAAAUAUUUUCCGUGAACUGUGCUACAACUACAGAGACUCUCUCACUGCAGCAAUCCUGGUUGCUGGCUGGGACAAGAGGAAGGGUGGUCAGGUAUAUUCUGUGCCUAUUGGCGGGAUGCGCGUAAGGCAGCCAUUCGCAACUGGAGGUUCUGGCAGCACAUAUGUGUAUGGUUAUGUUGAUGCACACUACAGGAGUGGUAUGGACAAGAAGGAAUGUCUGGAGUUUGUUACCAAUACCCUCGCCCUUGCGAUGAGCCGUGAUGGAGCAAGUGGUGGUAUUGUAAGGCUUGCAGACAUCAGUGAGGAAGGUGUCAAGAGAUUCACUGUCUCUGGAGAUCAGUUGCCACGCUUCUGUGAAUGAUGAUGUAUUUACUGCUAUAAGAACAUCAAAUAUAGAUGCAGUGCACACUAUCCUGUUCAGACAAACUGUAUUCUACAAGUUUGUACUGUUCUUCAUGUUUAUUGACAGUUAAAAUAAAUAUUCAUUGUAAAAGUUGGUCUGUAUGCAAAAUAAAGCACCAUGCCAUGAAGAUGUA